UCCUGGAUGUUCUCACACUCUUUUCCUCGUAGCACCAACAAUGGCUCAGUCAACUCAUCAAUAUCGACCUCCGAUGACGCGUCCGCGUCGUGCCUUAUUGCGGCGCGCGUUACAAGUCGGGAUUUCCGAGUUCUCGGUUAUGCAAGAGUUCAAUAUCACCAGAGCUACGCUUGGGCGCGUCAUAGAUAACUUUUACAAUGACAACGUUGAGGAAGACGCGUAUUAUUUGGAUACAUCCAACCUCAAGGUGACAUCGUCGCCAAAGGUCCACAAACGCGUGACUAUUAUGCCAGGCAUGUCUACUGCUUCUCAUGUGCGUCCUUUGCGACAGGCCAAGCGAAAAGUCCUGGCUGAAAAGACUCGCGCGCUAUCUAAAACGCGACGCGACGACCAGGAGUCCAAUGGUCCAGCUAUUGUGUUAAUCUCCUUAUCUCAUUCCCGCCUCUCCAACGCCACUCCGCAAAGCCAGUCCUUUACCACUAUCAAUGCUGCUUCGGCAACGGCUGACGCUGUCCGCCCAUUUUUGCGACAGAUGGCCAAGUUCGAUAAGCUGAAGAUAUGUACUAGGAAGGACCUUCUUGUUCUUUCUGAGCAUGUAAAGGACCCGAUUUGCUGCCAGAGUCUUCAAACAUCAUUCAAGUUGCCCCUUACGGAGUGGAUUGUGCUGGUCAAAGCGUUGUUGGACUACGCAGAAGUUGAUGAUAAUUGAAAGAGAGUGACACCCAGCAAAAAAUAUCGGAACAUCCUUUCUUGCUACUCUUGUGGUUCAAAUUUCAAUCUAUAACUUUCUGCUUACAUAUUAUAUUAUUCUCAAUGAUUCUUGCGCUGGCAAUCAC